UCGUAGUGGCACAUCUCUGACUACUGGUGGCACGUCUCUGACUCGUAGUGACACGUCUCUGACUACUAGUGGCAAGUCUCUGACUAGUAGUGGCAUGUCUCCGACUACUGGUGUCAAGUCUCCAACUACUGGUGGCAAGUCUCUGACUCGUAGUGGCACGUCUGUGAUUACUGGUGGCAAGUCUCUAGAGAUGUCACAGUAAAGUCAAUUGUCUUGAUUUCAUGGUAGAGCGAAGAUACUAGUGAAAAGACAGCACCACCUACUGGUAGUUGGGAGGUACUGUGUGAUCAUCGCUUUCAGGGAAAGUAAGUCGUAUGAAAUGCAUCAGGCUAUAUUAGGCAACUGAAUAAUGUUCGAGGUGCAGAUGUCUGUGUGUGCUUGUGUGCAUGUGUGUGUGUGUGUGUGUGUGUGUGUGUGUGUGUGUGUGUGUGUGUUUGUGUGUGUGUGUGAGAGAGAGAAUUUCAUUACAGCCAUGUGACUGCAAUCAAGCUUGGUGAAAAUUAUUUACAAACAGAGUUUGGCAGUAUACUAUAUAAAGUAACUACUAUAGCUAUAGUUACUUUAAGUAUUAUUAUUAGUUUUAAUUAGGAUAUGUUUUUUUAUUAUGCUUUGAUCACAUAAUUAUUUUGAUGUUUAUCGUCUUGAAAAUGAUUUAUAUUUUUCUAAAUCAUAAAUUUUUUUUCAGAGACCUGGAAACAGUAAGGCCUUCACUAUUAUGCAGCCAGUGACUAUCAUCGACACCUUCACGUGGGAUUUUUCAUUUCAUUUCUGCAAUCUUUUAAAAUGUCUUUGGAACACACACACCAGGAGAACAAUAGUGACCUGCUGUUGCCGGUCACAGCCAUGCAGUCUACCGAAAGGCUAGCAGCAGUUGCCUGGAAACAAAAGAAAACAAUUCCCUUGUCCGGGCCAAGUGACGGACUUUAUAUCUAACAUCAAUCUGACUUGUGUUUAUUUGUACAACUCUUUUCCUUCGUCAUCUUGUAAUUCUCAGGCUGGACAAAGAGAUCGAAAGGCUGCGAUUCAGUGUGUUGGAUCUAAGGAAGCAAACUCUUAGUGCUGGUGAUGUUAUGGAUAUUUAGGAACUGAAUUCAGCUGUCUGGAUUGCGGUGGGUAACGUGAGCUUUCAGCCCCUCUCGACUCCUCGCUCCCACUGCUCACUGCAGACCCGGUCACCGUCCCGUAUCUCCCUACAGCAGAAUGGCCAAGGGGAAGGAAACCAAAAAGGCUCAAAAGAACACAAUCACCUUGAAAGUGGCUGAGAACUGCGUGGCGUUGACGCGGGACAGCAAACGGCGUUUGGAUCUCAGCUUCAAGGAGGUCACCGUGGUGCCAAAGUGCAUCCAGAAGCUGUGUGAAAUGGACGAACUGGACCUGAGCCGAAACCUGAUCAGAGUGGUGCCCGACUUCAUUGACAGUUUCAUCAGAAUCUGUGUUUUGGAUCUGCACAGCAACUAUCUGGAGCAGCUGCCCGUGACCAUCGGCCGCCUCCACAACCUGCUGGUCUUGAACCUGUGUAACAACCGCCUGACGAGCCUCCCCGACGAGUUCGGCCUGCUGAAGAACCUGCACACGCUCAACCUGUGCAUCAACCGGCUGGACGCCCUCCCUUCCACCGUCGGCGCACUGAAGAAGCUCCGCCACCUCGGCCUCUCCGACAACCGAUUCACCCGCGUCCCCGGCUGCCUCUCGAGGCUGACCAAGCUGGAGAGCAUCAACCUGAAAAGGAACCCCUUGUUCACCACGGAGGCUGCAGCCGGUCACGAGGACCUCGCGGUGACGGAGCGGCUUUCCCUGGUCACGGAGAGCGUCCUGUGUGAGGGCUGCCUGAAGAAGUGCCGAACUGAGAGGAAGACAUUGGAGGAGGAGGUGUAGGGGGAGGGAGGGAGGGCAGGAGCCAGCGUGAUCGGGAGAGGGAGGGGGGGGGGGGGGGGGGGGGGGGGGGGGUACGGACAGGAUGCCUUAUGACCCUUGAUGACCCCGGGGAGAGAUUGGCGCAAGUAGAAAAAAGUCAUUUAAAAAAAAGUGAAAAGGAAGUGGUAUUGGACCCUCGAUUGGAAAGUGGUAAUAAAUUGCUGUUUUGAAACAUACACUAAGGAGUUUAAUAAACACGCACCAGAUGUGCAUGAUGCACCAGCAUCGUUAUGAAUUUACUCAUAUGGAGCUGCAGGGUGUCCAUUGACGGUUGAGACAAGACUCAUCAUUUCUGACUCAUAUGUUCCACAGUACCUCAAAUUAAAGUGUCACAUUGUUCAAAUAAAUUAGCUUUGUAUAAAAUGGGCCUCUUCAAUGACAGAAACCUAAUCUGUGGAUCACACACUUGAUGUGUAUUAAAUAUGUAUAUGAAUAGCAUGUGCUGUGGUCGUGUACUAUACUGCAUGCGUUGACAAUCUC